CGUAACCCAAAAGCGUACUUACAUCGGAACUCGGGUGAAGAACAACCAGCAGCGUCUUCAUGGCUGGCCGCAUGGACUUGGAGGCGCGUCUGCGAGCGUUGCGCGAGGGCAAGCGACCUUCUCCGCCCCCACCUGCCCCGCUUGCACAUGUAGUGACUGCCGCCUCUUUAUCAUGGCCCGAAGUUCCUUCCAUACCUAUAAGAAGCGAAAUACCCUUGCGGCAACCUGUCCGAGUCGCUGUGGGUGGCGAAUAUCAGCCUGUACGUCGCGCUUCCGCGAGUUUCUCGAUUUCUCCACCCGUAAUCAUUAUAAGUCGCUCGCCGUCGGAUGAUCCCGCUCCUUUUGCCAGUUUGCUGACACCCGCGGUCCCUCCGAAAGCCGCAGAACCGGUUCCUGAACAGGAAGAACUGCUGCGACUUACAGCGGCGCAAUUACUGGGCUCUGAAUACGAAGAGGCCGUCAAAGUGGCUCAGUACGCCAUCGAUAAUGAGCGGAGACAGAUGCCACACACAGCUAUUGACGCCUAUAUUAGAGCAGGACAGAUGCUCAUCGAGAUUGGCAGACGCCAGGCAGCGCCGCAUCUCCAGGACAUUGUCAAGGCCAAAGCUUUGGCUCUGCUGCAACGAGCUGAGGGUCUGUCUGAGUGGACUAAUGAGGUGCUGGCAAAGGACUCGAGCCAGCAGGCGCUGGCUGCGGCGUAUUAUCAGUCGCAGCAGAACCGCUACAGGUCACUAACGGAGAAGCAGGAGCUGGUGUCCAAGAUGCAGCAGGAUAAUCGCAAUAUGAAGGAGAGACUGAACCAAUUGGCGCUACUGACGAAGAUUCGAGGACGGAUGAUGAAGGUGGUGAAGAAAAGACGAGCGAGGAAAGCAGCAGAGGCGAGAGAGAGGGAGGAAACGGAGGCAAAGACGACAGCUCAAACUACACGGGAUAUUUUGAGUGGUCGUGGAGGUUUCAAUGAUGUGACUGGGGAGAUAGGUGACUACGGGGAGGAAGAAGGCUUUGACGGGCCAAAUAACGUCACUGGAUCAGGCGCUGACGAAGACGAAGAGCCACGAAAGCAUUUUUACGAACAUUAUCACUCGCCUCUCUUUCCAGCAGCACGCGGCUCGCCACGAGAGGCUCAAAAAGUGGAUCUUAUCAAUGAGCUGCAUGAUCGUAUUGGGCUGCCUCCGAUCGACCAUCUCCGCGAGUUUGAGCCUCUGACAAGCGACCCCACGGCAGACAAGAGACAGGAGGAACUGCAGUCGGAAUUGGAAGCAGCAAAGCAAGAAGCAGACAAGUUGCGAGCAGCAGUUCAGGAUAUGGAAAAGUGCUUACGACUUGCUGCUCAGUACUCGAAGCAGCGGUCGAUUAAACUGGAAAAGCAGAAGGCCCAAGAAUUCGCGGAAGUGCAGAGCGAGUUGGAUCGUGUGCGAGAAGAGCUCGAGGUCGAGCGACGGCGGUCGGGUCUUUUACAGAGCGGUUCGUUCAGCUGGAAAUCUUCAGUGCCCUCUGAUCCGGGUGCAGAUGAGUCCCAAGAGACUAGAGUUAUGCAGCACCUUCGAUCGUCUCUCCACAAGGUAUUCCGUGGACGUGAUGACCAGUCAGGUGGCUCUGAUGACGGCGAUCGUAGUCGCCGUGCUUCCAUUCAGCGCACUUCGUAUUCACAUGACUCUCCACGACAUACACCGAAGUCCAACGAACAGAAAUCAAUGGCACAGUACAUUGACGUAGACGACGAGAUGGAGGAAGAAAGAGGAUGGUGGAGUUUGGCUGUAGAGGAUGUUGUUUGA